GAAACACCUACUCUUGAUUUUUCAGGAUUUGGUAUUCCACUUAAUCCAUUAUACGCCAUACAAUCCCAAAUAGUCGUUGUGAUGAUGUCCUACAUCGCGAAUUGAGACUUUUAUUAUCUUUUUCAACCGUGAACCGAAGGUAGAUUUGUCCAAAAUCUGGCUGCGGUAUCGGAUCGCGGACCCCUCCGAGUUUGCACAGAGGACCAGGGAGACGACGACAAGAAGAAGCAUGCUAUAGCAGUCAUGGCCACCACAAACGCGACUAUAUCGCAUAUUUCUGAUCUUACACCUCCAUCGAUUGAGAGAACAUGGCUGACUGCCCCGCACCCGGAACUUCCCUUCGCAGCAACCUGCAGUGCUGAUAAGACGGUGCGCGUAUACUCUCUUAAGAAUUUCACGCUACUGUCGACAAUAUCAGGCGGACACAAGCGUAGCGUUCGGAGUUGUGCUUGGAAGCCAUCAGUCAAAGGAGAAAGUGUUAUUGCCACGGGCAGCUUCGACGCAACCGUCGGGAUCUGGCGACGAUGGAACAAUUACGGACAAGAGGAAGGUCAACGACCCUGGGCAGUGGAUGACAACAGCAAAAUAGACACAGGCAAUGUUGGCGAGCAAGAGGAAACAAGCCAUGGACUGAGACACGAUGCCGAAGAUAGCGGCGCCGAAGACGAUGAAGAGUGGCGAUUUGCUGUUCUACUAGACGGCCAUGAUAGCGAAGUCAAGUCCGUAUCCUGGUCACCAUCAGGGACAUUCCUGGCGACCUGUGCACGUGACAAAUCAAUAUGGAUUUGGGAAGAUCUGGAUGACGGCGAUAAUAAUUUUGAGACGGUAGCUGUGCUUCAGGAGCACCUUGGCGACGUGAAAUGCGUUUCAUGGCAUCCAGUCGAGGAUUGCCUCGCGAGCGGUAGUUACGAUGAUACAAUAAGGAUAUGGCGAGAAGAUAUUGAUGAUUGGGGCCAAGUCGCUUGCCUGAAAGCCCAUACUGGAACUGUCUGGUUUGUUGAUUGGGAACCCGUUGGCAAUGCCCCGUCUACAUCGCAAUCGACCGAAUUAAUAGAACAAUGGAAGGAACAUUAUAGGCUUUCCGGCCCAAGAUUGGUAUCCUGCUCCGCAGACCAAACCGUGCGAGUAUGGCGACGACAGGCGAAGCAGGCAUCUGCUUUUUCCAACACUGGCAUACCAAGUAUUAUUCGCCCAGCCGGUCUCGACGAAACAUGGUACGAAGACGCGGUUCUGCCGGCUCGUCACGAUCUUGCCAUAUAUUCGGUUGCAUGGAGUAAAGCUAGUGGGCUUAUUGCGUCCACUGGCGCCGAUGGCAGAAUUGUGGUAUACGAGGAACGACUCUUGCCUGCGUCCGAGGCAACCUCUCUCCGCGAUGGGGAUGAAAUGGAUGUUGAUUCUGUCUCUGGUCAGCCUGGCGAUCAAGGCGCAGGCGGCGGUACUCCCUCGGGCCUUCGGACAGAAUGGGUUAUUCUCGCUUCAAUAGAGGCUGCUCAUGGAAUCUACGAAGUCAAUCAUAUUACUUGGGCUAAACGCUCAGAUAAGACUCGGAAGGAGACUUCAGUAACCGAUGUUGAAGAAGUCCUCAUCAGUACAGCUGAUGAUGGAAGUGUCAAAGUCUGGUCAUUGGAUAUAUGAAGAGAGCGGCUGUAGCUAGAAGAUAAAAAAAUUACUUGCAUAUUGUAUGGAACAUGCAACGUAUUAUCAUAUGACCAUUGUAUACAAUGUAAAAUGCAUACCUCGUCUACAUGUUAUUAGCCAUGGGAGAUUGGACCGAAUAAUGUAC